GAUGUGAAUUGCCGGCCACGCUGGGCGAUUUGUAUUUGCUCAGCACUCAGCUCAUAGAAAGACUAAAGUUCAACGGUUCAACUCGAGGCUAACAGAGUACAGAACAGAGGGACGGACCGACGGAUAUCUUCCAUUUUGUUUGUGAAAGGCUCUCCACUCCACUGUCACUCUCCAACUCUCCAGCUCCCUGAAUGGCGGACACAAGCCUUCUCUUUCUGGUUCUCAUCCUCCUGCCUCCUCUUGCUCUCCUUCUCACUCUAACCAUACUCGUCCGCCCUCGUCCCGUCAAGAUUCCGAUCAAGGGCCGCCAUGUCUUCAUCACCGGUGGAUCAAGUGGUAUUGGCCUCGCCCUGGCCCACCAAGCCGCAUCAGAGGGUGCCCGAGUCUCCAUCCUUGCUCGCAAGGCAGACAAGCUCGAAGAGGCUCGGAACUCCAUCCGCCUCUCCACCGGUAUCGAUGUCGCAGUCUUUAGCGUUGAUGUCCGAGACUCCGAUGCCGUCCAACGAGCGAUCGAUGAAGCGGACCCCAUUGAUAUACUUAUAUGCAAUCAAGGGGUCUUUAUUCCCCAAGAGCUGGAAUUGCAGAGCUUGGAGACUGUUAAAUUCAUGAUCGAUGUGAACUUGAUGGGAACUUUUCAUCUCAUUAAGUCUGCUCUUCCUAAUAUGAAGAACAGAGGGGAUCGUCGACCUGCCUCGAUUGCUAUCAUGUCAUCUCAAGCCGGUCAGGUGGGCAUCUAUGGUUACACAGCUUAUUCAGCUAGCAAAUUUGGUCUUCGUGGGCUGGGAGAGGCAUUGCAGCAAGAAGUCAUUGCAGACAACAUUCAUGUAUCACUUAUAUUCCCUCCAGAUACUGAAACUCCAGGCUUUUUGGAAGAAACCAAGACAAGACCACUUCUAACCAGUAUAAUUGCAGCCUCGUCUGGUGCAAUGAAGGCUGAUGAAGUUGCUAAAAAGGCUCUAGAUGGCAUAAAAUCAGGGAGAUUCAUUGUCCCUUGCAACCUUGAUGGAUUCUUGCUGUCUAUUGCAACUGCUGGUUUAUCACCACAGAGAUCACCCCUGAUGGCAUUUAUUGAGGUGGUUUCUGCUGGUGCUCUACGUAUUGGAGCUCUGUUUUUCCAAUGGAAUUGGUAUGGAAGUAUAGCAAGGUGGCAUGCCCAAAAGACUAGGGCUUAAGGUGAUGAUGGAUGUUGAUACUUGUUCCUUUGAAUGAUUGAUGGUGUCCAUGUAGAUGGCUUUUGUUUCUCUUGCUAAGGCCAUGUAAGGUAUAGAAGGCAGUGUUUGUACCAUAAACCAGUUCCAGAUGUUGAGGCACCAAAUUGUUUCUUCAUUAUCGAUGUU